AUGCGCCCUCGUGGUCUCCGUUUCAAUCUCAAAAGCUACGUCGACGCCUCAAUGGCCAGUCUCGACCCUCACACUCCCCGGUCCAGCAAAUUCCAACCCUGGGAAGAAAACGAUGUCCCUAUCAUCGAUUCACGAGAACUCUUUUCCGAUGUUGUCUUCAAGUUGUCUUCAUACAUCGCCAAAGCCAUUGAUGCCGCCUACACUUACGAGCAGCUGCGUACCACUAGUGCUGGACAGUCGUUGAAGCCUCUCAUUACAUAUCUGAGUGCUGACUGCCACCAUCCCGCCAUCGUUGCGGCACUCCUGGCAGCCAGAUAUCUCUUCACCAAUGCUGACGCAGACGCGGACAGCGGUUUGAACGAGUCGAGGGCCCUCGCCUGUGAACUUGUAGCGUGGCAAUUUCUUACCUUUUUGUCGGAGAAGGAACUCAUUGACUACCUUCUCUACGAACUGCCCCAAAGCCCGGACGAGAGCACGCGACAAUCCCCAUCAGACUCUACUACUGAUAGGAGUUUUGGUCGUCGUGUCGAGGAAGAUCACGCAGAUGAAACAUCGCCCCUUAUACGCGCCCGAUCGGCCGAACGUGGUGCGGUUCUCCGCCCCCCAAAACGAGCCUCGUUCGACCACCUCCCUGGCCCUGGCACCUCAAGUACAUUUCCGGGCGAUGAGGACGAUGCGACGCGAAGAGCCUACCUGGAUGAAUCCAUGGCUGGUAUGAACGCCCUGGAAAUCGCCGCCAUCGGGGACGCAAAGAAGUUCCUCUCACAGAACCCUGUUCAGAAGAUCGUCGAAGACAUCUGGAAUGGCGACGUGAUUUUCUGGGAGAGUCUCUCCGUCUACGCCGUCAAGAAACCCCGAGUGUACAACAAACGGGUAGCAGACCCCUUUACCCGUCUAAGGGUCCCCAAGUAUCAAAAGGCCUUUCAGAUUAGCUUCUUUCUCGCGUUUCUGGCACUGUAUUAUGCUGUAUUGGUGGAGCGGGAUCCAAGCCACAUUACCGCCACAGAAACCGUGUUAUAUCUUUGGAUUGCUGCUUUUGCCUAUGACGAGUUCGGCGAGAUCAAGGAUGCGGGCCUCAUGUUCUAUCAGACCGACUUUUGGAGUUUGUGGGACAUCGCCAUCAUCGGUUUCAGUGCGGCUUUUGUGAUUAUCCGGAUUAUUGGCCUCCUCAGAAAUAGCGAUUAUAUCAUCGAUGUUGCCUUUGACAUCUUAUCCAUGGUGGCACUGUUCCUUGUACCGAGGAUAUUCUCGGUUAUGAGCCUGAACCCAUACUUUGGAAGCUUGAUUCCGGUGUUGAAGGAGAUGACAAAAGCAUUUUGCAAGUUUCUGCCUGUGAUUGUCGUGUUAUAUCUCGGGUUCUUGACCACCUUCACCAUGCUGGCGAGAGAUCGGAUGAGUCUCAACGACAUGUCAUGGCUCUUAAUCAAGGUGUUCUUUGGAUCAAGUUAUCUUGGAUUUGACAUGGCUGUCAAGAUCUCGCCAUUGUUUGGCUAUACUCUAAUGUUGAUUUUUGUCUGUUUGACCAACAUCCUCCUCAUCACAUCACUGGUGUCCCUGGUAUCCAAUUCACUGACAGAGGUCAUGGCCCAUGCGAGAGAGGAAUAUCUCUUUCAGUAUUCGAUCUAUGUCCUCGAGAGCAGCACUUCCCGCCGACUCACCUACUUCAUGCCUCCACUCAAUCUAUUCCCCCUGGUUGUGCUGCGGCCACUUCGGCUGAUCCUACCCUCAGAGGAAGUUCGUCGAAUUCGAAUCUUUGUCCUAAAAGCCACUCACAUCCCCUUCGUGGCGCUGAUCUGGGCAUACGAGAACUCUAGGAACAUGAUUUCUCGCUCCCAUCCCACACUUUCCCGAGCCCCCCACUUCUCGACCAGGCCACUCAGCGCGGGCCGGCUGAGUCUUGAAGGGGCUCGAGAUUUUCUCAAGUCACCAACGACGCGGCGAGCGCUUAAUGAGACAUCUCCAACAGUCACACCUGAUAUGGCUGCGUCCACCACCAAAUCUGCCUUGCACACCGCCGAUAAUGCAGAAUUGAUUGCUUUGGUCAUGAAAUUGAGUGAACAAGUCGACGGGCUGACCGCCAUGGUCGCUGGGCAGAAGAAGGACUGA